UAGCAAGCCUUGAACUACAAAUCAGAAUUUUUGUUUUCACUAAAAACAAGAAGCAGAAAAUAUUUUCAAAACCAAUCCAUAGAUCGCAAAUAAAUUAACACAUUUAAAAAAUGGCCGAUGGACAAAAUUUUACCAUGGCUCCUUUUCCACCGGAAGCCAUAGAGUAUUCAAGUACUGAGGGGGAGCCCAAGAUCUCUUGCGGUGAAAUCGCUAUGCCAAGUGUCCUUGUAUCGGCCAUUAUGAUCUUGGGACAAAUAAUGUGGCUUAAACUAAGCGCCAAGUGGGAAAAUUUGAGAGAAGGCGAUCUGCAGAGAAAUCCUGUGAAACUUCUGGAAGGAAAGACAACUCGUGACAGGAGUAGCAAAUAUAACCAUAGACUUUCAGGUUAAUUUGGUUCCCCUGUCUCAAAUAGUCUAUUAAUUUUAAGGCUUAAUUUGGAUCUAUAAAACCCAACUGCUGAGAAACGA